CUACAGAGAACCCCCGCCCCCCCCCCCCCCUCUCUCUCUCGCAGGCAGUUGCCAGGUAUUCUGUUCGGUCGUCCGCUGCAAAUAGACCCUCAUUUUCACUUCUGCUCUCAUUGCUAAGAUAUCGGAACCACUCACCAAUCAGGAGCACCUGCAAUCAUAUUCUCAGAACCCUUCUUCCCUCUCUUGCUAGCAGCUGAGAGCCAGAGGGAUAUAGAGAGGUGAAGAUGAGCAAUCUACAUUCUCCCAUUUCUGAAUUGGACUUGGAUAGACCAAACAUUGAAGACUAUCUCCCUUCUGAAUCCAUCCAAGAGCCUCAUGGCAAGCUUCGCCUGCGUGAUCUACUUGACAUCUCACCAACUCUCACAGAGGCGGCUGGUGCCAUUAUUGAUGACUCUUUCACGCGUUGUUUCAAGUCAAAUCCUCCAGAACCUUGGAACUGGAAUGUGUAUUUAUUUCCACUCUGGUGUUUAGGGGUGGUAGUCAGAUAUCUGGUUCUUUUUCCACUAAGGGUUCUAGUAUUGACAAUUGGAUGGAUAAUAUUUCUUUCUGCCUAUUUUCCAGUGCAUUUCCUGUUGAAAGCGCAUGAUAAGUUGAGGAAAAAGAUGGAGAGAUGUCUGGUGGAGUUAAUUUGCAGCUUUUUCGUUGCUUCUUGGACUGGGGUUGUCAAGUACCAUGGACCACGGCCUAGCAUGCGGCCUAAGCAGGUUUUUGUGGCGAAUCAUACUUCAAUGAUUGACUUCAUUAUUCUAGAGCAGAUGACUGCAUUUGCUGUUAUCAUGCAGAAGCAUCCUGGAUGGGUUGGACUGUUGCAAAGUACUAUUUUGGAGAGUGUAGGCUGUAUCUGGUUCAAUCGUUCGGAGUCGAAGGAUCGUGAAAUUGUAGCAAGAAAGUUGAGGGACCAUGUUCAGGGAGCUGACAAUAAUCCCCUUCUUAUAUUUCCAGAAGGAACCUGUGUAAACAAUCACUAUACUGUUAUGUUUAAAAAGGGUGCCUUUGAACUUGGAUGCACUGUUUGUCCUAUCGCAAUCAAGUAUAACAAAAUUUUUGUGGAUGCCUUCUGGAACAGUAGAAAGCAAUCCUUUACGAUGCAUCUACUGCAGCUUAUGACCUCAUGGGCUGUUGUUUGUGAUGUAUGGUACUUGGAGCCUCAAAAUCUAAAGCCUGGAGAGACACCAAUUGAAUUUGCAGAGAGGGUCAGGGACAUUAUUUCAGUUCGAGCAGGUCUGAAAAAGGUUCCUUGGGAUGGAUAUUUGAAAUACUCAAGCCCCAGCCCCAAACACAGGGAAAGGAAGCAGCAAAGCUUUGCGGAGUCAGUACUGCGACGCCUGGAGGAUAAAUAAAACACUUCUUCCUUCUUUUUUUUUUUUUUGGUUGGGUCUUUUGCCUUGAAAUACAAAUGGUCUCUGUAGCUAUCACAUGACGACAAGAUGACUGCUGUUUCUUCUCUUAUAUAUCCUUUCUAGUUGAAUAAACAAACAUUUAUUUUGAGGGUUUAAAGGAUGUGAGCUAACUCUGACGAUCUACUAAUACUUAAAGAUAACUUUUGCUUCA